AGAUCUUUCAUUUACGUUUUGAAUCACAUUGUUUUAUUUUCAUUUGUUAUUAUAUAUGCGUAUUCAUGUAAUAAAAAAAUAAUGUAUACAUUAACAACUAAUUAAUAAAUCGUACGAGUAAGUACGAAAUUUAAUAAUUUCUAUAAUAUUUCCUUACCUAAAUAGAUUAUUCAAGUGUAAGCAAAUGGAAAUUAAUCUGUUGUAAAAAUGAGCCGCCAAUGUUUCCUGAGAUGUCUGCUAGAUUUACAUGCGCCCAUAAACUUGUCUCAUCAAGUUGAAACGGUUGUAGGCCGUAGCAAGAUUACUAAAAUAAAAGAUCAGUCCUGUUCCCGUCAGCAACUUAGUUUAAAAGCAGAUUGUUAUAAUUGCUUAGUUGAAAUCAAACAGUUGGGAGUCAAUUCUUCAGGUUUGGACGGAUUUGCUUUAAAAAGGAAUGAGGUUUAUAGAGUUGGCCAUGGUUCUAGAAUUGAAAUUUUAUUGAACAGUUAUAUUCAUAUUAUUGAGUUUCAUCCAGCUCCUGAUUUGUGUAAAGAAACAAAAAAUAGCAAUAAGAGAAAACAUGAAGAUGAUGAACCUACAAGUCAUUCUAAAAGGAAAGCCAUUGACUCUGUAUUAGAUGCUAGUCUGAAUUCCAAAAUGGAUGAAAAUUUAGAUGAUAUUUGGGAGGAGAUAGAUAAAGGUGAAUUAUAUAUAUACACAUCAAAGGGUGUUAAAACAAGUAGUAAAAUAGCUGCAUUUGAUAUGGAUGGUACUCUGAUUAAAACAAAAUCUGGCAAAGUGCAUCCCAUAGAUAUUAAUGACUGGCAAAUAGCAUUUCCUGUUGUACCCCAAAAGUUAAAAGACCAAUUAUCUAAUGGGUAUAAAAUAGUAAUAUUUAGUAAUCAGGCUCCUAUAGGAAAUGGAAGAGUUAAAAUAGAAGAUUUCAAGAAGAAAAUUGAAGCCUUAGUGCUUAAAUUGAACAUUCCAGUUCAAGCUUAUUUUGCUACUGGUAAAGGAUUCUAUAGAAAACCUGCAACUGGGAUGUGGAACAUUUUAAAUGAACAGAAGAAUGGUUCUCUAAAAAUUAAUAUGGAAGAAAGUUUUUACUGUGGAGAUGCUGCAGGGAGAGCUGCAGGCUGGGCCCCUGGGAAGAAAAAAGACCAUUCUAUGGCUGAUAAGUUACUAGCAGAAAAUUUGUCACUUAAAUUUUACACACCAGAACAAUAUUUCCUUGGUCAUUCUAUUAGUAAUGUACCUUUUGAGAAGCCUGAUUUUAUACCUAAAACAGCUAAAGCAGAACCAUUCAAUGAUCGACUAAUUACUAAAGAAAAAGAAAUUUUAGUUUUAGUGGGUUUUCCUGGAAGUGGUAAAUCAUUCUUAGCCAAACAAAUAGAAAAGAAAUCUAGCCACACCUAUGUGGCUGUGAGUCGGGACAUACUUGGUUCAUGGCAGAAAUGUGCAAGUGAAGCUACUAAACUUUUGCAGAAAGGAAAGAGUGUGAUAGUAGACAGUACCAACCCAGAUGUAGAAUCAAGAGCCCGCUGGACAUCAUUAGCAAAUCAGAUGAAAGUUGAGUGUCGCUGCGCUAAAAUGACAACGACAAUGUCUCAUGCAAAGCAUAAUAAUAAGUUCAGAGAACUCAUGAAAAUUAAACAUGUACCAGUCAACGAUAUUGUAUUUCAUACCUACAAAAACAAAUUUGCCAAUCCUACACUAAAUGAAGGAUUUAAAGAAGUGAUUGAAGUGAAAUUUAGUCCGUGUUUUGAAGAUAAAGAAGCAGAGAAAAUUUACAAAAUGUAUCUAUUGGAAAAAUAAAAUCAGAAAUAGUUAAAUAAAAG